AUGGACUCAGCCAUGGAUGUGGGAGGCCCCGGUGGAGUGGCUGUCCUCACCUUCAAAACCGUCGUGUGGAUGGUAGGGCUGUGGAUGGCGUACAAGCUGGGCGUUGCGCUGUACAACAUCUCGCCCUUUCACCCGCUCGCCGCAUUCCCCGGCCCCAAGAUAGCCGCCGCCAGCUAUCUGUACGAGGCCUAUUGGGACUUCUGGCGCGUUGGGAGGUACACCAAGGUCAUUGAGCAGAUGCACAAGAAAUAUGGCCCCAUCGUACGCAUCAACCCUGAUGAGCUUCACUGCUCCGACCCCCUGUUCGUACACGAGAUCUAUGCCGGUCCCGGCCGCAUCCGCGACCGCUGGCAGCAUGCCAUCAACACGGGUGGCAGCGGGCCCAUCGCUGUGACGGGCUUCUCGACCAUCUCGCACGAGCUGCACCGACAGCGUCGCGCCCCCCUGAACCGCUUCUUCUCGCGGCAGCAGAUGCUCAAGCUGGAAGGGGAGGUGCUCGACUACGCGCAGCGCACCGUGGCCAAGAUGCUGCGCACCGAGGCCGGCAAGGGCGCCUUUGAGAUCAAGGAGGCCUUCAACUGCUUCACGGCCGACGUCAUCGGGCAGUACGCCUUCGGCCAGACCAUGGGCUUCGUCGACCAGGAGGGCUGGGAGCCCAGCUUCGCCACCAUGGUCGGCAGCUUCCUGAGGAGCGCCUACGUGAUGCGCCACGUCGCCGUCGCGCGCUGGGCCAGCGGCUUCCUGCCAUUCAUGGCCGACUACCUCGGCGAGGACAUCCGCUACGUCAUGAACAUGCUCGCCGUCACCAUCCCCGGCUACAUCAAGGCCUCGCUCGAAGACCCGCAGAACGGUCGUGUGUUUGCCGAUUUGAUGCAGGACGAGAAGAUGCCCGAGGAGGAAAAGUCCAUGUAUCGGCUGUCGGGCGAAGGCUUCAACUUUUUGCUGGCUGGUACCGAGACGACUGCUGCAACCCUUACCUCUUUGACGUUUCACCUUCUGGACCAACCCAAGCUCUACGAGCGCCUGAUGAAGGACCUCGAAGGCGUCGACCCGGACAAGCCCAAGUGGACCGACGUGGAGCGCCGCCCGUACGUCUGGGCGCUGGUGCACGAGUCGCUGCGCACCAUGCCGGGGGUGUCGCACCGCUCGGCGCGCAUCGCCCGGGAGGAGGACCUCGUGUACAAGUCGCAGGACGGCAGGUGGAACUACGUGGUGCCGCGCGGCACCCCGAUCGGCCAGAGCUCCAUGAUAAGCCACUGGGACGAGAAGAUGUUCCCGGACCCCGACAGGUUCGACCCCGAGCGCUGGCUGCUCGAGGACGGGUCCCCCAACGUCGCGUUGGCCAAGUACCUCAUCGCCUUUGGCAAGGGCAGCCGCUCGUGCCUGGGUGAGAACCUGGCGUACUGCGAGGUCUACAUCAUGCUGGCCCUUGUCGCGUACAAGAUCCUUCCGAGGGCCAAGCUGGUCGAUACGACGAUUGAAGAUCUGACGUAUGAUCACGAUUUGAUUGUCCUUCAGACCAAGAAGGGCUCCAUUUCGGUCAAGGUUGCGAUUGAGUGA